AUGAGUAAGUAGCCAGAUUAUCAAAAGGAAGGAAUUCAAUAAAAGGAGAUAGAGAACUAUGAUUUAAAUAAAGAAGCAGAUUUAUUGUAAAUAGAAAAAGUUAAGGAUGCAGAUAGGAAGCGGUAUAUUGUAACAGGUAGGAAGAUCGCGGUUGAACAUACCAGGAAUUGGUGGGAUCUUUUUGAUAAUAAGAUGUAUGUAAUCUGUCAAACCCGGGGUUUGCCAGAAGUGGUAUAAUAUGGUAUCUUAGAGUUGGGAAUGAAGGUAGUACACUGAUACGAAUGCUUAUGAGUAAGAAGAUGGUAAAAGUAUGGGCAAGGUAGAGGAAUAGUAAUGGAUAAUCAAGGAUGAUGAUAGAAUCCUAAAUAUCUUCUGUAAUUUAAGUUCAAUGGAUAUACGAUUCCUAAUUGUCGAUUCUUUCAGUCAUGGAAGGAUAUCAUAAAGCAUGAAUGCCAUAUGAAGUGAAAUUUGGGGACACCAACAGGAGACUUAAGCGUUGGAAUCUCUAUUCACACAAGCUAAUGAUUUGAUAUAAUAAUUAAUAAAAGUCAAGUUUAUUAUUUAGAAGAA